AUGGAGCUCAUAACCGGCAAGAAAGCUACAGACCAUAGCCGAGCUGAAGACGAUAUCCAUAUCACAACAUGGUUCAGGAAGAUGCUUCGUGAAGAAGAAACUUUCUCGGAAGCUAUUGACGGAAACAUUAUCGCCAACCAGGAGACUCAGCGGAUCAUAUACGAAGUUGCAAAACUAGCAAGACAAUGCUGCACAAGGACACCUGAGCAGAGACCAGACAUGGCUCAGGUCGUCAGCUUCCUUUCCUCGCUGAUUGAGCGGUGGGAACCCAGUGGCGAAAUCCAAGAUUUCGAUGAAAAUACAGUUUCUUCGGAUAUGCGAGCAGAAUGGGAGAAUAUUGUGAAGGGAAGCAGCAGUAUGGUGUGA